AUUUCUAAAAAAAAAUUCAAAGAAUUCAAAGAAAAAAAUAUUGCUAAAAAUGAGUAACAGUGACAAAAGUGCCACCGAAGCCAGUUCUGCGAAGACAAUUUGGACGCAUUGUGCGAACGACGGGUCGGACAGAAGCAUUUUAUCCGAUUGGAUGGAUCACAGUUUUGGAGCAGAAAAAGAGCACAAUUUGGAGCAUGAUUUGACGGAAUUUGCGCAAAUUCCUUUUCGUUGUGCAAAUGACUAUGAGAUUUGUGCGAAACAAUCGGAAUAUGCAUUUGAUAUCUCUAAUUAUUGAUUUUUUCAAAAUAAAAAUUUUGAAGGAAAAUACAAAAA